AGAGCAGGCAAGAGACUGUCAGAGAGCAGUGUGUGUAUGUGUGUGUGUGCGCGCGUGCGAGUGGGUGUGUAGAUCUGUGCUAAAGAACACUGUGAGAUUGCCUAGAUGUCUAUCUGUCUGUUCCAGCCUGUGUGAUCCUGACUCCAGAUAUAGAGCUGAACGCCUGGAGCCCCUCACCCCAGCACCAACUAGUUUGGAGGAGGAGAAGGCGAACGUGUUCUUUCACAAACACUGGCUACAGAGGCUGAGGCUUAAGAAAGAAAAAAGAAGGAGGGGAAUAAAAAGUAGAGAGAGAGAGAGAAACACAACUAAGCCCAGCCCUUGUCGGUGCUGCCUGGAUUGGAUCUGGUUUGAGUUUUCUCCCUGCUGACUUGUGUAGCAAGAGAGGAGUGGAGGGAAAUAAGUAACUGACUCUUCCUCUGAAGCUUAAGCAAACCUGCUGGGUGAUUCCACUAGUGGGAAGCUUCCCUGGGUGCAGUUGCUUCAUAGUUUAUUGCUCCCAGUCACUAAAGAAUUUCCUGCACUUCUCAAGAAUCUGAAGGAAAAAGCCAUCACUUCACAUGAUCUGAUAGUUGCUUGUUGCCUAGAGACUUUAUACCAUUUUUUCAGGGGAUUCGUUUUUCCUGGUCUCUCCUACCACAGCAGUUUCUUGAGCGUGUGGCAUUGAAAUCUAUUGAAUUGUUUUGUUAACAACUGUAGGAUAAACAUUUUUUUUUCCUUUUUUUUAUCUUGUUGCUUUAUUUUGUUUGAUUUUUUUAUUUUAAAAAAUCCCUUUUUGGGGUGGGGGGAGAUGAUCGUGCUGAUGUGGAAUAAGUGCUCCUGCUGUCUCCUCUUACUAGCCGCGGUCCUGAUGGUGGAGAGCUCCCAGCUAGACAGCUCCAGCUCUAAGGUGAACUCCAUCAAAUCCACCCUGAUGGGGGAGGCUCCAACACAGGCAACCAACAGAUCUGCAGGCAUCCACCGGGGACUGACACUUGGUAGCACUAAGAAAGGAAAAAUCCUAGAGCAGAUGGGAAAACCUCCAAAGCACUAUCACCGGCAAGGAGAGGUCUACCCUUGCACCAAUGAUAAAGAAUGUGAAGUUGGGAGAUACUGCCAUAGUCCUCAUCAAGCUACUUCUGCCUGUUUGAUCUGCAGGAGGAAAAAGAAACGUUGCCACAGAGAUGGCAUGUGCUGCCCUGGGAACCGCUGUAAUAAUGGUAUUUGCAUACCAGUUACGGAAAGCAUCCUAACUCCUCACAUCCCUGCUCUGGAAGGGCCACACAACAAGAAAAAUGGCCAUUAUUCUAGCAAGGACUUUGAAUGGCAGAAUCUGGGAAGGCCGCAGUCUAAGCUUUCACACCUAAAAGGACAUGAAGGGGACCCCUGCUUACGCUCAUCUGACUGCAUUGAGGGGCACUGCUGUGCUCGCCAUUUCUGGACCAAAAUUUGCAAACCUGUGUUACAGCAGGGGGAGGUAUGCACCAAGCAACGCAAGAAGGGCUCCCACAGCCUGGAGAUUUUCCAGCGAUGUGACUGUGAUAAAGGGCUCUCUUGCAAAGUAUGGAAAGAUGCCACCUCUUCUUCUAAAUCAAGACUUCACGUGUGUCAGAAUAUCUGAACGAGGAUUGGGAAAAUAUUACUAACAGACUGUGAAUCUGUGUAUUUAAUGCAUUACAGCCUGGUGGGAAAUGAAGAUUGUAAAUAAAAACAGAAUGGCUAAAGUAACAAUUGUGGUAGGAAUAGAAAUCACCCCAAACUGCACUUGUUUUGAGUUGGUGGUAAAUGUGAUAGCAGCUGGAGUUUUCCAUUGUGCAACUUUUUUUGUGUAAAUAAUGACGACAGUUUGUGGGAAAUGCUAUUAUACAAGCACAAUGGAAAUUAUUGACAUUUGCAAUGCUGCAUGGUCCCAUGCCUUUUGAAGGGUUCCUAACACACCAACUCAGUGUUAGGAAUGGGGUAAGUGUCCUCCACGGUAAUGACUGCUAAAUAAAUUUUAUGCAUAUUCCAACAGAAACCAGUGAUUUACAGAAAGACUUGUCUGUCAACUCAUUAUGGGCUACUAAAAUCAUAGCGAUAAGCUGCAGCUGUAAGAGAUGAUAAUAAUAGUUACUGUGAAUGUCCAUACACCUUGCUGUUCAGGGCUGUCUUCUGACAGAAGGAAAGUACUCCUACAGGGCAAGAGUGCUGGAUUUUGCAGGCUCCUGUGCAAAUGGCAAAAUCUCAUCAUGUAGGAUUUCAAGGCAGCACAAGAAGUGGCAGUUCCUCUAAUCAGAGGCAUUUAAACAGGGUUUUGUUUAAUAUAUAUAUGCCUAUCUAUAUAAACUGAAAUGCUUUAUUCAGUUCAUCUUCAUUUACCAUAAUUAGUCAUUUGUAUUUGUCUUGGUUUACUGCUAGCAUACUUUGGGCUGAACACUUAAAGCAUAUAUAUAUACUUGACGAGUCCAGAGUAAUAUGAGUUCAUUUUCUCAUUAGUCUUAGUAAAUAUUAUUUUUCUUGCCAGAAUUCUUACAUUAUGGAUAAAUUCAUAAAGCUGGUCAUUUUUUUCCAUCUUUUUUUUUUUGGAAAGUUACAAGCAUCUGUGUGUGGAGAGUUAUAGCAAACUUUGCUUUUCAAGCUCUGUUGCAAUGAAUUGCAAAAACAUUUUUGUAAUGAUAAUAGAUUUUUCCAGCACCUGCUGUUAUUUGACUGGAUUGCUACUAAGUCAAAGUUUUUAUGCUAUACUAGUAGAAAUAAGUUUUUAUCAUAAGUCUGUUUCAUCUUUGGUUUGGAGAUGCUAGAAUGGAUUUCCUUUGUAUGGACAGCAAAAGCAACAACAACAAAAAAGAGUUGGCUUUUGCAAGUAUUUCAUCAGCUCUCCAUCAUAAAGGUAUAUUGACACGUGACAUGCUGAGAACCAUCAUGGGAUUUGACACAACAACUGAGACUGAAACAAGAACAAAUUCUGGUCGAAUGCACGCUAUGGGUUUGAAUACUGGCACAACUAAAGGAAUCAUACUGAUUGUGUUGGCUAAAGGAAUCUGCUGACUUCUCUACUGUGUUCAUGAACUAGCUAAAAGAUAUCCUCAACCCUCUGAUGUUUAAUCAUUUCACCUCCUCUUGUGUUACUCAUAUAUUUGCAAGAGCGAUAAUGUAAGUAAACAUAACUAAAGAUUGGGGUUCCUAUUUCAGAAUCUGAUUAUAUAAUUAACCUACUGAAAUGUCUAUUUCUACAUUUUGUAAAGCAAUGUCUCUCUGCUUUUGUUAAUGUUUCAUUCAAUUUGGGUACACCAGUAGGUAGUUGAAUCAUAAAACCAACUUUGGGAUUUGUUUCUAUCUUUAAGGUACCUUUCUGCUCCCCUUUAUAUCUCUACAUUGGUGGUUAAUUUAAAAAUAGUGGUUCAUUUACUCCUGACACAGGGUGGUGUCAAUUUAACACUUUUUAAGUGACAUUAAAAUGCAGGCAGAUGCACUUUGAGCAAUUGAGCACAUUAAGUACCCUCCUGAUGUUGCAAAGUUGUUCGUUUUCAGGCAAGGUCUAUCUCCUAACAGCACUAACUUUAGUAGGUCACUGUAUUCCAAGGAUUUGCAACCGUUGCAAGUGAACCUGUGACACCACCCUAACAUAUAUUCACUUUAAUACAUUACAACAUUCCAGUGAUUGGCAACCAUUGCAAGUGCACUUGUAACAAGGCCUUUACCAGAGAUCAAAUCUGAAUUACACUUCCUGUACCGCUGAUAAGGACUUAAACUCCAACAUAUAUCAGAUUAAGAAAAUUGAUUUAUUAGGAUAUUUUAAAAUUUUCCAGUCAAUAUUUUUAUUGAUCUUAAAGGAAUUGUCUCUAGAGAAAGAUUCUUGUAUUCCCCCAAAAGUGAAGGUCUGAUUCUGCUCUCACUGCCACUAGUUCUACAUUUUAUAUAUUUACUUCUCUGCACUGCAAGAGAAAACAGAAAUUAGGCCAGAAAAUUACAUAAUUUGGACCUAGAUUCAAAAUAUAGAGGUACAAUUCUUUGACCAUUACUUAGAUUGAAGCAUCGCAUACACAAAAAUAGUCUUAUUGAUGACUAUGGUGAGGCUACUGGAAUGUAUAAGUGUUAUUACUCAGUGUCAGUAAGUGAUUGUAGUAUUGGGUGCCAGCGCUGGUUUUUACAUGUUUCCAUUUACCCCUCACAAUUUUACUAUUUGGAAUAAUUUAUUUACCGGAAAUGUUUAAUAAGAUGUAUUUUCUAAUAGAAAUAUUUCUUACAUAAGGCUUUGUAGCAGAAUAUAUUUGCAGCCUAUUGACUUUGUAAUUUAGAAAAAAAAUGUAUAAUAAGAUUAAGUAUAUUAAAUAUCAUGGUUUUUCCCCAAAUAUUCUAUCCAUGUUCCUUGCCGGCUGUUUAAGAGUAGGUUUUUUUAAAGAGAGAUGCAUUGAGACACGUGCUCAGCAUUGCAAACCCUGAAUAUUUGAAAAUCAUGAGUUAGGUUCCCACAGAUUAUAAGGCUGAUUUAAAAAAAAAAUCAAAAUAAAGCUUUUAAAGUAAGACGUCUGAGGAUUUUGGCCUUCUAGUUUUUGAGUUUUAAGGUGCAUUUGGUUCAGGGUUUCAAGCUUUUUUGGCAAGCACAAGGUGUAAGGCCAUCAUUUUUUUUUAAAUUAAACCUGGAGUUUUCAUGCAACCUCUUGAUUCCAGCAGCUGGAAACAAACCUCUAAAUAUAAUAACACUUGGAAACAGUUUUUUCUGUAUCGUCUGAUACCUAAGUCAAUAAAAGUUUUGCUUUUCACUUUAAUGCACAGAUCUAAACCUCCCAUAUUUAGCUGAUCAUGAAAUAAACAUCAGGCUUCUACUUUUGAAUUCAUUGAAUAUUUAUUUUUACAUUCGGUGAAAUUUAUACUAGUUAGUCUCUCAAAUAUCUUUGGUGUCAUUUACUAUAAAACUAAUUUAUAUAUGAACUGUGUAACUUUUCUACAUGUAUAUCAAAUUGAGAAUAAAACAAAAGACCAGACACUCAGUAUACAUUGACCUGUGAAGCAAGACAAUGCAGAUGAUAAAUAGCCAGGCUAUAUUGUCCUCAAAGUGCAUCACACUAAUAUUAGUUACAUCACGUAAAUUCAGGUUAUCAGAUAUGUAGUUACAAAAGUGUGAAAAGAAAGAUAAGUACCUAACAUAAAGAAACACUAACUAUGACGCAGUGGAAUAUAUUUCCACUUAAGUUUUACUAAUAAUCUGCUAAAUGUUGGUCUUGGUGGAAUCCAUGCAGAGCUGGUAUAUCAAAGGCAGUACCUGUGAACAUUUUUUUCAAGUUAUGGGCAACUAGUCAUUUCUACCGUGCCUACAGCUUUUUGAAUUUGUCAUUUGAAAGCAUUUGUUUGAAUGAAUUUUUACAUAAAAGUUUGUAGAAUGCAAUCAUAAUGGUAUAAAACCAAGUGGUUUUGGUAUCCUCAUUUGCUAUUUGUUGUUCAUUAUUUAGGCCCUAACCAUUCUAUUAUUUAGAAAAAUUCCUGUCUUAAUUUUAAGUUGUGAGCACCUGCACCUCCCCUUAUCCUUAGUGGGGAUUUGGAUUGCUCAGCACCUUUGAAAAUAAAACUAAUCCUGUAGUCAAGCAGCAGAAGUAGUUGACAGAGUCAAACACACACACACACACACACACACACACACACUACAAAUAAUGACUAGAUUUUAGUCUUGCUUCUUUUGACCCUUUCAGUCCUCUUUGUUUUCUCCCUUCCUUCCUUGUACCUCAUCACAACUGCAUGGCCCACAAAAUUGUUUCUUUCUGGUAUUCAAUAUUCUUUGAGGAAAACCUGGAAAAGGAGAUUUACUAGCAAAAAAAAAAAAAAAAAAGUCAUUUUUCAUCAAUAGAAGAAGUUUCAGUUCAUUACCAGGAAAAACUCAUGAAACAGAAACUCCAAGCUAUGUCCAAAGGUUGGCUGAUCUGGGGAGACCUCUGCAAUGAAGUGGCAGCAGACUUUUGCUGGCACACUAUCAGACACUCCCUGCCACACACACACACCUCCAAAUCGGAAGUACAGUAUUGAAAACACACCAGGGUCAUCCCAACUGCUUUCAAGCACCCUGGAGACUCAGAUCUUGAGAGUGGCUACAGAAGCAUGUUCGAGAGAGCCUCAGUAGUAUAUUUCAGGAUUUGAAGAGUAGCUUUUGAAUUGGGUGGGUAGUGUCUUCCUGGGGCAUCCAGCUGGAACUUACCAUAGGCAUCAUUUAGACAUACUCUUUGAUGCUUACAGAUCUUCUGAAUAUAAGCACCUUGUCUAUAGUACACAGUUGUGUCCCAGUAUAGGUAAAAUGGCACAAUCCCAACCCCAUUCCAGGCCACUGUGGAUGCAGUUAUAUUGCUUAAAAUCUUUAUGGUGGUAUAACUCCAGGCAGAUAUCAUUUCAGCUAUACUAGGGCUUUACUGUUAACACUAUUUUGUAUUAAAAUAUAAAGAAAUUAAAUAAUCACACCUCUAAUCAAAAUAAUUCUACUGGUAAAACCUUCUAGGGUGAGCAGGCUGAAGAGAAGCAGUGUUGUCUUUCUAAGUUUCCAGACAGACAGGCUGAAAUAAAAGCUCCAAGAGAGACAUGAACUGUCCUGUUUAAUUCAGAGUGUGUUAAUGCCAAAAAGCAAAUGUCAGGAUUUUAAAUGCCAGUGUGAACUAUUGUACUGAUCUGAUUAGCAGAACUGUUCGGUCGAUGGACCUUCUUUAUUGUAGUUUAAUACAGUGAUGGAUACAAGACUGUAUUUAAAAAGUCCAUUGCUAAAAACAGCACCUCCAGAUAAAUGACGUGGCCUGUCUCCAUACCUACCUUGGGUUUUUCAUCAAGAGUUUUCCCUUCUUUCUAUUAAAGGCCAGUUCCCCAUGCUACUGAAUAACAGCGCCUUGCCUUUCAUUUUCCCUUUCCCAUCUCAGUACUCUACCACUGUGCUGUAUCACUACUCAAGACAGCACAGUAGAAGAAAGGCAUACCAAGUGGCUGAAGGGAGGAGAGAAGCAAAGAGCUAACCAAGUGUGUGCGGUAUGGAAGACGUAGGCUUUACAAUUUAAACUCCCUGCCCCAAAUCCUAAGAUUAGGGGGAAGAGUGGGGAAGGGAGCUACUAAUGUGAUAACCCAAUCUUACCUCCACUCCUCCAUGGCAUAGGGAAAGCUAAAAGGGCUGGUAGGACAGAAAGGGCACAAUGAGCGUUAGGAUGGGAUUUGUAAAAACAAAGAGUUCCAUCCCUGCAAAAUUGCCACAUAGGCUUUGCUCCAUGCCAAUGUGUACCAUAUAUGCCUUCCCUCCUUAGCCAAACUCUAGUGUUUUCAGAGAUUUUGGUUGUUGUCAAAACCCUUCAGAAAUCCAGCGUGGGCCAUGUAACCUAAGACCACAGCUCUCAGGUGACCUAGGAUUCCCAGUCUACUUCCAUCCACUGAAAGAUAGCUGAGAGGGAAGGAAGAGAAGAAAGCAGGAGGUUUUUGCUGUGCUGCAGAAUUCCCUCUGAUCCCAGAGCUAUUAUUUUGAGUACCGCUGCUGUCACUGACUCUGAUGGAUCUGCAGCCUAAAACCGAGCUCACGGAAUACUUGUUUGUUCUGGCAGUUUUUUGUUAUUUUUGGAGCUGCUAUUGUUAUUGCACAAAUGUCAAUUACUUAUUUACAAAUGUCUGUUAUGAAUAAAGUCUGCUUUAUAUGGUA